CUCUCCCUAGUGCGGUAGCAAAGUAGAAAUAUUAUACACAUGUAAAAUAUAUAUAUAUCAAAAUAUAUUUCCUAACUUUUAAUUUAGAUAUUUCUCUUUCUGAAAUAUACAGCAUAGAUUUGUUAAGAACGACAGUACUGUUGGAAUGCUGACAAUGGAGACCAGAACUAUAUCAGUGGGGACCUUUGUGGCCUCUUGUUUCGCCACCACCAUUGGAGUCGUAGUAUCAGUCAGUUUUCUCACUUUUAAUUUGUUUCACAGACAUAAAAGAUUUAUGAAAAUGUCGAGUCCGAAUCUCAAUAUACUGAUCAGUGUUGGUGGAAUACUGUUAAAUAUUGUCUGUUUAAUGUAUGGAAUGGACUAUUUCUUUGUGGAGCGUUAUCAGGAGGCUACAGUAACAUGUCAGAUGAGACUAUGGAUGAUAGUGUUUGGAGUAUCCUUGGUGUUUGGACCGAUUUUCUCUAAGAGCUGGAGAGUGUACAAAAUAUUCCGGAAUGCUGGCAUCAAGAAAGUGGUAAUCAAAGACAAGAAGCUAUUUAUGAUUUGUGGUAUUGUGCUGUGUUUGGAUGCUUUCUGGUUGUUCCUCUGGCAAAUCAUUGAUCUCGUCCAAUCAAAACGUGUUGCUGUCUUGUUAAAGAAAUCGAAUACAAACAACACGCAUAGUCUUCAAGAUCUGGGUUAUAUACAGGAAUGCACGUGUGGAAGGGUUGACGUAUGGCUAAGCCUUAUCUUUAUCUGGAAGUCACUUACAUUUUCCUAUGGACUUUAUAUAGCCUGGAAGACGAGAAACGUGUUGUUGCCUCCAAUGAAAGACUCUCCAAGUAUCAUUAUCAGUGUUAUUUUCAGCAUGUGUACUACAUCAUUAGUUGUUGUGUUGUCGUCAUUAUUGCGUCACGACCCGGAUGCUGUUUAUGUUCUCCAUAUAUUAGCCAUAACCAUAUGUUGUGUGGUAAUUCAAAUAACCGUAUUUUUGCCUAAGGUUCUGUAUUGGUGGAGGACCCCAAUAGAAAAAACGGUACGUCUGUCUACAUCAGUGUACGAGUAUGGAGGGCUUAAUUCUGAAGAGGAGAUGUACCAACUUAUUGCAGAAAACAGAGCUCUUAAGAAGUCUUUAACUGAGAAAGCAUCUAAACUGUCUAAGUUGGAAGAGAACUUACAGACAGCUAAACAGACACUCAAAAGUAUGUCGGAAAAAGAUUUCAAAUUGGAUGGCGAGUUUGACGUUGAUUUAUCCGAGUUUAAACUUGACAGUGGCCUCGAUGUCGAUUUGUCCGAGGUUACUAGCACCGAUGAUGAACUGUCUAUUAGAUAUGGUAAAACAAGAAUAAAGACCAGUAUGACGAGACUUAUUCCAGGAACAAAUGAGGUCUCUAAUGUUAAUGAGGUACCAACGUUUCGCGAUCAUGCUGCCUUACAAAGAUCGAACUCAGAUAGCGGACGUAUGGUGGCUUACCAGAAACAGCAAUCUAGAACUAGUGUUUGUAGUUUACAGAACUAUUAUCGUUCGACAGAGUGCUAUGAUAAUAUACAAGCAUCACUUAAGUCGAAAAAUGACAUUGUUGGAUCUGUAGCCAAAAGUUAUAACCUUGAUGACAAUGAAGAUACGCUCUCGUAUGUCAGUAGUUAUCUCCCCUUGAAGGGUACCAGGAGAAAGCUAAACUACACGUUAAAAGACACAGGAGUUUACUUAUCUCCCGCCAAUACAACAACUAUAUCCAACGACCAGUUAUACCCGUCAUUUGAUUACGAACUCAGUUUUGGAAGUACAAUUAUUGCUAAGUCAUCAAAUAUAGACCCUCAUGACAAAACUUCAGUGUGCAAGUCAAAGAGACACAAGAAGUAUAGAACACCUAAACCUUCUUACGAAAGGACAAAACAUGGAGAUAAAAUUGUUGUACGCAAAUGCUAUUAUUUGUAGAA